AUGAUCCCGGCGAAGGCGUCCUCCCCACCGCCGGCGCCACCCCCUCUGCCGCCGCCGCCGCUCGCCGUGGACGUCUCUGUCAUCGUGGGCGUGCUCACGGCCAUCCUCCUCGCGCUCUUCCUCUUCCUCAUCUACGCCAAGCACUGCGGCCCGGGCGCGCGCGGCGGCGGCGGCGGGCUGGGCCUCGGGUUCCAGCCUUCCUCGUCGUGCGACCGGUGCCGCUCGGGGCUGAGCCGCUCCGCCGUGGGCGCGCUCCCGGUGCUCCGGUUCGGCGACAUGGUGGGCGCCGGCGCCGGCGCGGCGAGGGACCGCGCCACCGAGUGCGCCGUCUGCCUCGCCGCGUUCGACGCCGCCGAGCUGCUCCGCGUGCUGCCGCGGUGCCAGCACGCGUUCCACCGGGACUGCGUCGACGCCUGGCUGCUGGCGCACUCCACGUGCCCGGUGUGCCGCCGCCGCGUCGCGAGGGAGGACGCCCUCGUCGCGCUGCCCGAGCCGGACGCCGGCGAGAGCUCCGGCAACGCUCGGCGGCAGCUCGCCGGGAGUGUCGCCCCCGGUCGCCACUCGGCCGGCGAGGCGGAGGUGCGCGUCACGGUGCACCGGUGCGCCGACGAGCCGACGCCGCGGUGGUCGACGGACUGCUCGGUGGACCGGGUCGGUCAUCUCGAGGCGGCGAGGCAUCGGAGGGACACGAUCUUCCUACAGGAGAGCGCGCACGAAUCCCGAGGCUUUGACAACGCACGGUCAAGAUGA